AAGUAUAGAAAACGAUACCAAAUGUGGUCAUUCUCAAGGAUUUGUAGGUCACACAUUUUAUAGUACUGGAUGUAAUUUAUUUUAUUUUGUUUCUCUUUCUCGACGGACAUUUGAUCCGUUGUUAUGAAUCGAUCGAUAAAUGUACAAUAUUAUGAUGAAAUAGUUCAAGAGAGGUCUAAUCGGCAUGAUUAUAAUGGCGUCGUCCUCUGUCUACGCUCUACCAAUUUUAUUGAUUUUAUGUUCAUCUUCAUUAUUCUCAAAUGCCGCUUCUAUUUGCCGCAAGACCGAGGACAUACAGCAGGUAAUAGUUGAGAAUUGGGUUGAUGGCGUGAAAGAUGAUAAUAUUUUUGGCAUAGGGGCGAAAUUCGGGGAGAAACUGCCCAAAGAAGAAGAAAAAGCUGCUAAAUUGUCCGCCACGAUCCCCAAUCCCAGUGAUUGCUGUUCCAAAUCGACCGAAAAGUUAUCUGGCACAAUCGCUGUGUGCCCACGUGGUACUUGUGAGUUCGCGGUGAAGGCUGAUGUUGCACAAUCUGGUGGUGCAACUAAUUUGUUGUUGAUUAACAAUGACGAAGAUGGGCUUCCUCUGAUUGAUUGUCCUAGCAAUGACAGUUUAAGUAUUACAAUUCCUACCGUCAUUAUUACGAAGUCUGAUGGAGAGCAUUUAACCAAUUUCAUGGUAGGCAAGAAAAAAGUGGAACUACUACUAUAUGCACCCCCUCGCGCCAUUGUGGACUCGUCUGUGGUAUUCUUAUGGAUAAUGACUGUUGGGACUGUAGCUUGUGCUGCACUUUGGUCAGAGUUUACUGCAAAAGGAAAUGAACGGAGCUAUGAUGAACUUUCACCAAAGAAAUCUGCCGAGGCUGGAGCAGAUGACGAAGACGAAAUUGUAGAAAUUAACCUGAUGAGUGCUGUUACUUUUGUCAUAACAGCAUCAGGUUUUCUGUUGCUGCUAUAUUUUUUCAUGUCUGCUUGGUUCGUCUGGGUGUUGAUUAUACUAUUCUCCAUUGGUGGUGUUCAGGGCUUGCAUAAUUGUAUAACAUCUCUUGUGUCAAGCAAAUGGAAGAAGCAGAAAGUCGGAUUGCCAGCAAUCGGAGAGGUCUCAGUUUUCUCUCUGGUGACUUUGAUAUUGUGCAUUGCAUUUGCCAUUUUCUGGGCCAUUACACGGAGAGCAUCAUAUUCUUGGAUUGGCCAAGACAUUCUUGGUAUCUGUUUAAUGAUAACAGUUUUGCAGCUGGCUCAAUUACCUAAUAUAAAGGUGGCUACUGCACUUCUUUGCUGUGCAUUCUGUUAUGACAUCUUUUGGGUUUUUUUAUCUCCUGCAAUAUUCGGUAACAGCGUUAUGAUUUCGGUUGCCAAAGGAGAUCAUAGUGGUGGUGAAUCCAUUCCGAUGCUACUGAGAACCCCUAAAUUUUUUGAUCCCUUUGGUGGUUAUAACAUGAUUGGGUUUGGAGACAUUCUCUUCCCUGGUUUGCUUGUUGCAUACUCGUUUAGAUUUGACAAAGCAAAGAUGAAGGGUGUGCGAGAUGGAUACUUUUUAUGGCUAAUGAUCGGCUAUUCUGUCGGCCUCUUGAGUACUUACCUGGGUUUGUACUUAAUGAAGGGACAUGGCCAACCAGCUCUCUUGUAUCUUGUUCCGUCUACACUAGGGACAAUUGUCGUAUUAGGUUUAGUAAGAGGCGAGCUGAAAGACCUAUGGAGCUCUACCCUGGAGGACAUUUCAAAAGCUAAGAAGUCAUCUGGAGAAGCUUGAUGCCAUCUAUUUCUGAAUUCGUUAGACCAACAUGCAUGGAAACGAUGCUGAUAUAUAUGCCGAGUCUGUUGGCAGGCUAAAAGAAUAGUUAGCCAACAAACACUGUAUCAUAAGUUAAAAAAAAAAUCCGUACAGAACCUGGAGAUAUGAGGUAAUUUAGUGUAUAGUUCUUUUUCAAUUUUUCGUUAUUAUCUGUGUUAAAUGAACUACUGUAAGAAAUUUGGACACUGAAUUAGCAUGAGAUAUAUAAAUCUACCUUGUACAGA